UAGAGUAGAAAAACGGAAAGACAAGAAACAACUGCGCGAGUACCCGUCCCGUCUGUCCCGCGGCCGCUUCCCUCCCCCUUCCACCCUCUUCCUUCCACCCGGAUCUCGCGCGCGGCGGAGAUAACACCGAGCCACCUCUUCAGCCCUCUCAUCCGCGCGGAUGAGCGGCGGCUCGGCCCCCCUCCCCUACUCGAUGCGAGAUGUGGAUGGCGGCGCAUACAACAACGCCAAGUUCCGCCAACGAUCUCGCCUCAAGAUGGUUACCCAGGCUCUUAUUUCUAAGAGCAGCAAGUACCAAUUUGGAAAAUUCACCCUUGGGAAAUUCUUGAGCCUUUUAAUGGUUUCUGGCUUAAUAUACUUGCUUGCGCACAAAAGUUCGAAGGGUUUUGUAUCUGGUGAGCUCCAUAACAAAGAAGUAGAGAGUAGACAUGCCAGUAAAGAUUCUCCUACUAUCCGUACAUUCUGGAGAAAGCCACCAAGGCUACCUCCACGUCUUCCUCCAAAUGAAAUAUAUAAGAACAGUACAAUACUUCACCACCCCCCUUCAUCUGAAUGGACAUCCAGGCAGAAGAAAGUAAAAGAAGCAUUCGAACAUGCAUGGUCUGGCUACCGAAAUUAUGCGCUGGGUCAUGAUGAGCUUAUGCCUUUGAGCCGCAGAGGUGUAGACGGAUUAGGAGGUCUAGGUGCUACUGUUGUGGAUUCUUUAGACACUGCAAUAAUAAUGGGUGCUGACGAUAUUGUGUCUGAAGCAUCAAAAUGGAUUGAAGACAACCUAAUGAAAAAGAUCAGCGAGAAAGGGCAGGUUAACUUAUUUGAAACCACUAUCCGUGUCUUGGGAGGGCUUCUUAGUGCGUAUCAUUUGAGUGGUGGAGACCAAGCAGGAGGAGGUGAUUCUGGGAUAGCAGUAACACCUAACAAGACUAAUCCAGAUCGUCUUCUGGCAAUCUCAAAGGAUUUAGCAGACAGAUUAUUGUUAGCUUUUACAUCAAGUCCAUCGGCUAUACCUUUUAGCGAUGUUGUUCUUCGUGAUCGUUCUGCACAUGCAUCCCCUGAUGGCUUAAGCAGCACCUCUGAGGCUACAACAUUGCAACUGGAGUUCAGUUACCUUAGCAGAAUAUCAGGAGAUCCAAAGUAUGACUCAGAGACAAUGAAGGUGUUAGAGCAUAUGCGAACACUCCCAACAGUGGAGGGUUUGGUGCCUAUUUAUAUUAAUCCUUACUCUGGACAGUUUAGCGGAGAGAAUAUUCGACUAGGGUCGCGUGGUGACAGUUACUAUGAGUACCUAUUAAAAGUUUGGAUUCAGCAAGAAAAUUAUCGUAACACUAGCUUGAAGUAUCUAUUUGAAAUGUAUACGGAAGCGAUGAAAGGGGUCAAGCAUCUUCUUGUUCGAAAAACUACUCCAAAUGGGUUAGUUUUUGUUGGGGAGCUUCCCAGUGGACGAAAUGGUGCUUUUAGCCCUAAAAUGGAUCACCUGGUUUGUUUUCUUCCUGGCACCCUUGCUCUGGGUGCAACAAAGGGUAUCACUAAGAAAAAGGCUCUUGAGAGUAAUCUUCUAACUAAAGAAGACAUAGAAAAUCUUCAGCUUGCUGAAGAUCUGGCUAAAACUUGUGUUGAAAUGUACUUUGUGACUUCUACUGGACUUGCUCCUGAAAUUACUUAUUUUCACAUUGAGGGUAAUCCUGAUGGUGGACCUGAUGGUGGGAACAAAAGUAAUGAAUAUAUUAGUGACAUCACAAUCAAGCCUCUUGAUCGUCACAACCUAUUACGCCCAGAGACUGUGGAAUCCCUAUUUGUUUUGCAUAGAAUCACAGAGGAUCCAAAGUAUAGGGAGUGGGGUUGGCAAAUUUUUCAGGCCUUCGAGAAGUAUACAAAAGUUGAUUCUGGUGGUUAUACUUCACUGGAUGAUGUCACAAGCCUACCUCCACCUAGGAGAGACAAAAUGGAAACCUUCUUCCUGGGGGAAACAUUGAAGUACCUGUAUUUGCUGUUUGGUGAAAGUAAUAUUCUUCCACUGGACAAGUAUGUAUUUAAUACUGAGGCCCACCCACUUCCAGUCAUUCGGUCUGUGGUACAGGUUUCUAAUACCGUAUAGCAUCAAAUGUAUCACUGUUGUACUUAGUGUAGUAAGAUGAGAAAGGUUAACUAACAGAAAUGUGAGAAAUCUUGUAACUUUGUUUUUGGACAACCAGGCUGAAACAAUGAGUAGCUUUCUCCUUUCUAGAUGUUUGUGCUUGUGCCACAGGCGGUUUAAGUGGCAAGAAAAUCGUUCUUGGAAGCAAAGCUCAAAAAUGUGUCAUCUUCAUAGUUUGAUACAGAGAUCUGCACUUGUAUUUAUUGGAAGAUAAUAUAUCUUCUCUAAACUGUGCAAUCCAUUCCAAUUCUGAAAUUACUAAAUGGCACCACCAAGAUUUUUAUCUUUGUUA